AUGCGUGCUUCUAUUCUUUUUCUCUCAGUUGCCCAUGCGUGGCCUGAUGCCCAGCACAACCUUCCUCGCGCCGAGCACGGUCAGCAAGACUUCAGCCAAGCUCUUCAGCUUCAGUUGCAGACGUCACAUUUGGCAGCAAAGGAUCUCCAAUACACUCGGGCGAAUGGGCAGCCAUACCCCAAUCCUACUUCAGCCGAGCGCAUUGGAGAGACGGGGCCCAUCUUGUUGAAACACCAUCAUUUGAUUGAAAAUCUUGCCCACUUUGUAAGGGAACGCAUUCCCGAAAGGGUUGUCCAUGCCGCUGGAGCUGGCGCACAUGGGGUCUUCACGACAACAACUGAUUUUGCCAAGCAACAUACGAUGAUGGACGUGUUCUCCGAAGUUGGCAAGCAAACGCCUAUCACGGUCCGAUUCUCUACCGUGGGAGGAGAAGCCGGUUCGGCUGACCAAGCGAGAGAUCCUCGUGGGUUUGCCAUGAAGUUCCGCACUCAAAAGGGUAUUUGGGAUAUCGUCAUGAACAACACGCCAGUUUUCUUCCUCCGUGACCCUGCAAAGUUUCCUUUUUUCGUCCACACUCAAAAGCGCAACCCGCAAACUCACCGUAAAGACCCAAAUGCAGUCUGGGAUUACUUUGGACAAAAUGCUGAAAGUCUUCAUCAGUUCUUGAGACUCUUCUCAGACGCUGGAACUCCGCAAGGAUUUGUCAACAUGGAUGGCUUCACCUCCCAUUCAUACCGCUGGAUCAAGAAAGAUUCUUCGUGGGUUUAUGUCAAGUUGCAUGCCGUCAGUGAUCAAGGGAUCCACAACUUCACCGCUGCUGAAUCUGAGAAGAUUGCUGGUGAGAACCCCGAUUACGCUGCCGAAGAUCUCUUCACCCGAAUCGAAUCCGGCAAAUUCCCCAGCUGGACUGUCUACGCUCAAGUCUUGACGCCCGCUGAAGCCGAAAAGUUCAGGUAUAAUGUUUUAGAUUUAACCAAGGAUUGGCCUGAAAACCUUGUUGCAAAGCACGAGAUUGGAAAGUUUGAACUCAACCAGAAUCCUCAAAAUUACUUUGCUGAGAUCGAGCAAGCCGCUUUUUCUCCCUCUAAUGUUGUUGAUGGAUGGGAAAUCAGUGAAGAUCCAGUCCUUCAAGCCAGAGCUUUCUCAUACCCUGAUGCUCAGCGUUACCGUCUUGGAACAAACUUUCAACAAAUUCCUGUAAAUUGUCCCAUGAACCCAGUCGGUAAGGAUGGCGUUUUUGGUGGAGUAACUGGAAACCAAGGUUCUCGACCAAAUUAUCUUUCCAGUUUCCAAAGUAUCAACAUCCCACCACGACAGUACGAUGACUCCAACCACACCAUCUGGACUGCUGGUGCCAUUAGGUAUCUGAGUCAAGUAAGUAGCCAACUUUUGAUACGAUAA